CAGGCGCAGUGGUUCCCGCGGGCUUGCGUGCGCAUCUGCUGAGGGACAAGCUUCUGAAAGCUUAUUGCGGUGCUGCUGGCUGCGGAUGCUGGUGCAGUUCCUUCAAGAUUGUAAAUUGGAUUCCUGGAGGCCUUGGUAGUUUGCUGUGCAUAGAGAGUACCUGUUAGCAGAUCUCUCAUACUCAGAUAGUCUAAAGAGGAUUGGAUUCCUGCUGGUGACACAAUGCAAGCUUUAGUGCCCUCGAACAUGAUGACAGCCACGUCCCCAGACCCUCCAGCUAUGGCUUCAAGUGAACAAAGCAGGGUCCUUAGAGUGGAUACUUCUAGGGUUCAAGAAAGGCUCUUAAGAGGAUAUGCCGAUGACCUAGAUUCUUUCAGGCAGAAGUUCAGGUGGUUUUGUUAUUCACAAGAAGAAGGACCCAGAAAAACCCUGAAUCAACUCUGGGAACUCUGCAAGCAGUGGCUGAGACCAGACAUUCACACCAAAGAGCAGAUCUUAGAGCUGUUAGUGUUUGAGCAGUUCCUGAGGGUUUUGCCUGGAGAGAUGAGGAUUUGGGUGAAGUCUCAGCAUCCUGAGAGUAGUGUGGAGGCAGUGAGCCUGGUAGAAGAUUUGAACCAAACACUUGAAGAAAGGGAAGAUCGUAGCACUCAAGACUCUGCUGUUUGCAAAGUGGAGGAUUUGGGAGAAGAGGAGAUGGUGGCUGUUCCUCCACAUACGGAGCCACGUGAACCUGUAACAUUUGAGGAUGUGUCUGUGAACUUUACCAGAGGAGAGUGGAAGAUGCUGGAGCCAUCUCAAAGGGAGCUAUAUAAGGAAGUGCUACUGGAAAACUUAAGGAACCUGGAAUUUUUGGGCCUUCCGGUUUCCAAAGUUGAUUUGAUUUCUCAGCUGAAGUGGGUUAAAUUGCCUAGGGCACUGGAAAAAGAAAUCUCAAAAGGUCCCAGACCAGGUGAGUUGGUAAAAGAGGAUGAGUCUAGAAGUGAAUUGGAUGCUUUUAUGGAAGACUUCACUUUAGAGAAAACAGUAGAAUACUGCUUCAGUGAUGAUGGUUAUGGCUUGAAGGCAGAAUUCCAGAAACGACAUGGCAAAUCCAAGAAAGAUCAUAGCAAGCAGAGUAGCCAUGAGAGAAAAGAUUCUGACUCAAAGGAGACUCCCUCUGGAAAGAAUUUCAAACAAACUUCAGACACAGUCAAACAUCGGAAAACCUACUUAACAAAGAUGUCUCACAGGUCUAAGGAAGGCAAGAAACCCUUCAGUUUUCAUUCAUAUCUUGUGAGCCGCAAAGAACACAGUACAGAAAAGUCAAGGAAAGGCAGUGGAAAUGAGAAAGACUCACGUCACUCUUCAUCUCUUACUGCACAUAAGAGAAAUCCAAGAAUUGGUUCAUUCAGUAAGACUCAGAAGUGUUCUAAGUGUGGGGUAGCCUUUACUCAAAGCUCAUGGUAUUGUAGUAAAAGCUCUCAAUGUGAAAAGUGCCGGAAGAAUUUAUUUCAAGGUGAAACCUCAAAUAAAGACAAAGAACCUGAAGUUAAAGAACCCAGUAAGUGUAGGAAAUGUGGAAAAUCGCUUGGGUACAGUUCACAACGCUCUCUGUGUACUGAAUGUAGAAAAGCUCACACAGCUAGUUCAUCACAUAAACCACAUAAAAAAACGGACAAAAAAGAAAAGCCUUACAAGUGUGAUGAAUGUGGAAAAAGUUUUGCUGUUGGGCAAGCUUUCGAUAAGCAUCAAAGAACUCAUACUGGAGAAAAGCCCUAUGAAUGUAAACACUGUGGGAGAUCCUUCAGUGACAGCUCAUCAUUUUAUCAACACCAGAGAAUUCAUACUGGAGAGAAACCAUACAAGUGUAACGAGUGUGGGAAAUCCUUCACUCAUAGCUCCUCUCUCUCAAAACAUCAGAGGAUACACACUGGAGAGAAGCCCUAUAAGUGUAACGAGUGUGGGAAAUCCUUCAGACAGAAUUCUUGCCUUACCCGACAUCAGAGAACCCACACUGGAGAAAAACCAUAUGUUUGUAAGGAUUGUGGAUCAUCUUUUAGCCUUUUUAGUACUAUCAUCUAUCAUCAAAGACUUCAUGCAGGAGAAAAACCCUACAAAUGUACCGACUGUGAUAAAGCCUUCCCUACUCAUUCCCGCCUAGCCCGUCAUUUGAGAUGUCACACUGGUGCAAAACCAUACAAAUGUGAAGAAUGUGGGAAAACUUUCAGACAGAGUUCAUCUCUUAAUUUACAUAUCCGAAGUCAUACUGGAGAGAAACCCUACAAAUGUGAUUAUUGUGGAGCAACCUUUUCUCGGAGCACAAUUCUUGUUGAACAUGUGAAAAUUCAUACUAUGUAUCAGUGUAAAAAAUGUGGCAAGAAAUUUAAAAGUUGGUCAGCCAGUCAUAAACAUCACUGCACUGAGUAAUUCUGGGAAAGUAGUAAAUGGAGGGGAGAUUAAUUCCAAGUGUGCCCUUAUUUUAAAAUUUGACUUGUAAACUACCCACAGCAUUGAUUAGAAGCUUCAACUUCAAUGGGUUAACAAAAGGAAACAAGCCUUUUCCCCUUUGGUCUCUCUUCUUGUGGGUGGUCAGUUUUGAUUACAGUUGGUAAAGUUUUAUUGACAUGAAGAAAGCAUGUAAAGUGAAAUGAUUCUGAAAAGACAAACUUACGUUUGAAAGACUUUCUUCAAGACUCUUUGGCUUCCCUUCCAUGACCGUGAAAUAUAAUGGAAAAGAACACAACUGAACUCUAAUAACCUAGACUCUAUCCCAGAUGGUCAGCCAACCACUGUGUCAUUCUAAACAAGUCAUUUGGACCAUCUGAAUUUUAGUUUCUUACUAGUAAAGUGAAGAGAUGGCAUUAGAUUUCUAGGUUUUCUUUUUAGUUGAUAUUCUGAUACUGCAGAAAAUAGUUUGAACAUGUUUGAUUUGUUGGAAUUUUUAUGUCUGGUAGAUGCUUAUUCUUUUAGGAUAGUGGGCUUCUAGAUUAGUGAGAAUAUGGAAUACUUGAUGUACCUAGAAUGUGAUAAACAGAACAAGUCAGGGAAGUUUAUCGAAGUUUGCUUUUCAGGGAAUGUUCAGAUUUGCACAAAUCACCUCAGUCUCCUUAUCGUUUGAGUUUUGCCUCAGUAGAUUGAGAAUCCAGAGAGCUUGUACCCAAGCCAGCUCAGACAUGAAAGUAACAGUCAGAGGAGAAAAACUAAAACCAGCUGUUUGGGGUGGAUUAUUCCCCCUCCAGCGAACACAGCCUCCUGUGCCAAAGAAUUUUGUAUGGCACAAGAUGCUACAUUGAAUCAGAUUGGGUCAUUAUACAUGUUUUAGUUGGUUUAUAGGGUGGGGUAUGUAUGUACACACACAGCUUUCACUCUUUAGAAAUAAGGAAUUUUGUGUUUUAAAGAAAGAGUUUGUCAUAAAAAGUGUGCAGGAGCUAACCCCAUUAGCCUAUUAUGUCCAUGGAGUGCCCAGCUGGUCCUGGGUGUGGUUGCCACUUGAAAUGCCAGCUUUCUCUUCUACCUGGCCUUCUUACUGCAGCCUGUGAUAUUUUGUUACUCUGCCAUUUAGAUAAUACAUGCACUAAAAUCUCACAAGACCCCCAUUGAGAACAAGUAAAAUUCAGGAAAAUAACUCAGAAGUUGUACUUUAUGUUUUCUUUUGUGAAAUGAGACUUCAUGGAAUGAACUAUACGGAUACUGACAGGUUGAUGAGAUUGUAAUUUCUAGCUGAGAAAGGAAUUCAAGACACUGAAUGGGUUAGUUUGGGUCUCGAAUCAUUAGAUUACAAAGAAAUAAGUUCCUGAAGUUGAAAUUUGAGGCCAUUCCUAGAGAGAGAACUAAAGCAGAACUCUGGUUUUACAAGGAGGAAGGUUCUCCAAUGCUGGUCCACUCAUGUGGGCUUAACAAUUUUCAGAAAUUAUGUAUUUUAUUGAAAUAAUUAAUGAGAUAUAUAAAACAACUCUUGAGAAAGACGUCUGUCCCAGCGUGUUCCCCAAGAGGCUGUUUUUAUCCCAGUCUCAGUUGGGGAUUAGAAACAAAACAUUUUAUAAGCUUCAUUAAAAUAUAGAACACAUAUGCUUAAAAACUAAGAUGUACAAUUCAGUGAGUUUUUGUCACGUCUACUGAAAUGUGCAUUCAUUACCAUAAUCCAUUUUUCAGAACAUCACCCAAAUAAGAGUACCUACUGGAUACACCUAUUUAUACUUAAUUCCCACUCUCAUCUCUAACCCCAGGUAACCACUAACCUACUUCAUAUUUACAAAAUGGCCUUUUCUAGUCAUUUUAUAUUGGUCUUUGUUUCUCCAGUAGCAUCAUGUUUUUAAGCUUAUGCAUGUUAUAGCUUAUGUGAUUUCUUUCUAUUAAAAUGUCAUUUGUUGGUAUUGUUUGUUGUUAAACGAUAGUCUAUCAUAUGGAUACUUCAUGCAUUUACCUGUGAGAGGACAUUCUCUUCUUUCUACCUGGGUGGUUGGCUGCUAGGAACAACACUGUGAAUAUAAUGUGUAAGUCUGUGUAGACAUUGUUUCCUUGGUAGACAUCUAUAGAUAGAGUUUCUGGGUCAUGUAAAUUUUUGUUUAACUUUUUAGGAAACUGCCAAAUUGCUUUCUAAUGUGACUACAUCAUUUUAAAUUCUAGCCACCAGUAUGUGGGUGUCCCAUUUUCUUUACAUCCGUGCCAAUCUUUAAAAAUAUCGUAGUCAUCCUUGUGAAGUGGCAUUUCUAUAUGUGUUUAAUUUGCAUUUCCCUGACCUCAUGUCAUCAUGUGCCCAUUACUCAGCCUUUCACAUAUCUCCUUAGAGUUAUUUUUUAAAUUCCUUAUUAUUUAAAAGUCAGGGUGGUUGAGUUAUAACAAGUUCUUUAUCUACAUACAGUCCCUUAUCCAAUAUGAACUUUCUGUCACUGUGUACUAGAAGGAAACUACAAAUCCUACUGCAAAAUAUUUAUCAAUAACUAAUAAUUGUCUGAAAGGCAUCCAGUUUGCCCUAGCACCCACAUACUUAAAUCUAUUUUUAGAUUGGCAGGUCAUCU